AUGGGUGCAUCAGGCUUAGGUUCUGGUUUAGCAAAAUGUACUAAUCUUUCAAAUUUGAGACUUUAUCUUGAGUUGAAUUAAAUUGGUGAUAGAAUAGAAUAGAAAUACUCGCACAUAUAAAUGCACUCAGAAUACAUCUUAAAAUUAAUUAUAUUUUAUUUUAUUUUAUUUUUUUCAUUAUAAUUUUUUAUAUAUUUUUCUUUAUAUUAUUAUGUAUUUAUUAAGUGUUUUUAUUUUUUCUUUUUCUUUUUAUAUGCUUUACAUAUGAAUUUAAGAAAUUUCAUAUUUUACAGUCUAAGUUCACUAAGUUCACUAAGCACAAGCAUGCCACGCCUGCCACGCCUGCUAGGGGUAUCAGGCUUAGGUUCUGGAUUAGCAAAUUGCAUUAAUCUCUCAAAUUUAACUCUUCAACUUUAUACCAAUUAAAUUGGUGGCGAAGGUGCAUCAGGCUUAGGUUCUGGAUUAGCAAAUUGCAUUAAUCUCUCAAAUUUGACACUUAGCAUUAGCAAUAAAGUUCUUUUUUCGUAUGCUUGCUUUUUUUUGAUCUUUCUUUGUUAAUUUAAUUAAUCUUUUUAUUUUUAUUUUUAAUUUUACUUUUAUUAUUUUAUCUUCAAUUUUUCCUUCUAAUUAACUAUUUAAUUAUAUAUUUUUUCUUCAAUUUUUAAAAAGUGGCAAUAAAAUUGGUGCAAUAGGUGCAUCAGGCUUAGGUUCUGGUUUAGCAAAUUGCAUUAAUCUCUCAAAUUUGACACUUGA